ACCCCGGUAAAAUAACAGCUGUAUGCAAGCGUCUCGAAAACUCUUGUCAAACUACUUUGUGCUUUCGGAAUUGAAUGAGUAGGGUAAAAAUUUCAAAAAUUUAUUAGAAUUUUUGAAUAAUCCGAAGAAAAGAAGUGUGACAAAACUCUAAGAAUGGACCCACCGGAAUUUGAGAUUGCUCCUGGAGUAUUUGUUGGUGGUAAUCAUCCUGUCUUCAUUAUUGCUGAAAUAGGGCAAAACCACCAGGGCAGUUAUUUAGAAGCAACAAGACUUGUACAAACAGCUGCAGAAUGUGGAGUACACUGUGUGGCGUUUCAUAGAAGUGACGUAGAAAGUAGAUUUACCCAGAAAGAUUUAAAUCGCAUUUAUGAAAAUGAGCAAUCCUUUGGUGCUACUUAUGGAGAUCAUAUGAGAGCUCUGGAAAUAUUAGAUGAAAAUCUCAUUAAUUUAAAACGGUUUGCUGAAGAACUUGGUUUGAUUUUUACUGCAACUGGUAUGGAUAAGAUGUCAAUUGAUUUCUUACAACAAAUUGGAGUACCGUUCUUCAAAAUAGAUUCUGCUGAUGCUGCUAAUUUACCAUUCUUGUGGUAUGUUAGUAGAUAUAACAAGCCACUUGUUAUUUCCACUGGUAUGACUAAUGAAGAAGAACUCUCUAGAGCUUAUCAUGAAAUAAAGUCAGCAACAAACAUAGCAAUGUUGCAGUGUACCAGUUCUGUUCCUGUUCCAUCAUGUUCUGUUAAUUUAAACGUCAUGCAGGCUUACAAGAAUCUCUACCCUAGAGCUGUUAUUGGAUAUUCUGAUGGUGGAAACAAAGUAGUAGAAUCCGUGGCCGCUGUUUCUAUUGGUGCAAAAAUUAUCGAGGGACGCAUUACCUUCGAUCAUUGUCUUAAAGGCAGUGAUCAUGCAUCAUCAUUAGAUGAAUCUGAACUUAGAUAUUUUGUCCAAUCAAUUAAAAAAGUCGAGGAAGCCAUGGGAAAUAAGAAAAAAGAAAUUCAAGUUUGUGAAUGUGAUUCCUAUGAUGAGGAAACGAAAACUAUUGUUGCAACAGGAUCAAUUGCUAGAGGAACAUGUAUUUCUGAGGAGCAUAUGGCUAUUAAAAUUUCUACGAGAAAGGGCUAUGAGCCUCUUUGUUUUGACGAUCUUCUUGGUAAACGCCUGAAGAAUGCAAUUGCACUAGAUGAACCGUUCUUGCCAUCUCAUUUUGAUUGAUGUGACAAUUCUUCAAUUUUUUUAUAUAUGUAAAGUACUUUUUUGUAUUUUUUUUUAUUCAUUUCAUUGUGGAAAUAACAUACAUAUUUCACCUUUCAACAUGUAUGCUUGACAAAUUCCAAAUUUUCUGAAGUUCAGUUUUUUCCAUUUCAAGCCUAUUACAUGUCUGAAUUUAUUAUUACUGAAUAUCCUGUAAAUGUGCCAUCUGUCAUCUAAUAAAAGGCAAUUUUUCUU